AUGGCCACGUUUUCCGCCCUGACAGCGGGUCUGGUCAAGACCAAUUCGCCGGAUGAACUCCUUCCGGGAGAAGCAUUUGUGGUCCGGUUCAAGAACCCCUGCCGAAAAUACAGAACGGACAUCUGGAUCGCAGUCAUCUUGACCGAGGAGCUCGGGCCUGGCAAGCACCUCAGCGGUCGCAUGAAAGGCGCCAAGGGCGCCGAUGGCACUUGGGACACCCCUGCAAAUGAGCGGGUUUACCCAGUCUAUAUGCCCGGGCGCAACAGCUACCGCUGGGCGCACGUCAAGGACCUUUUCAAGCUCCUUGGCCAAGUCCCACCAACCUUUGGCUAUGCCAGUACCCGCGGCGAUGCAGAUCUCUUUCGGAAGCUGCAGAGAAUUGCUCUCAAGGGCCCGGGUUGCCGGUUCUGGGAGUCCAUGGCCGAGAAGGAGAUGACCGUUAAGGGGAAGAGGAGCAGGGAGCUAUCCCUGAUCCUACCGGAUGGAUAUGAAAACAUCCUUUUGGGUGCUAAGGACUUUCCGGAAUUUACUCCGACUGGCAGGGGAACCGGUCAUAGAUCCACUCCUAGCACUGCUGAUACGAGCUUCUCCAUGCCACCAUUGUCCAAGACACACGCGUACACGACCUCGCUCUCGGUAGCAAGAGCACUUGAUGCCACAGGAAAGAGCAAGGCGCCUGCUAAUGGGGUCGACGGCAUCACGUACCUCAGCUUCCCGGGAGAAAACUUUACUUUCAGCUAUACCCAUCCAUCGUCUUCUUUUACAACCGACGGCGCUGGCUCUGCAUCGGGCGACCACUCCAUCUCCACUUUUUCCCAGGCACGGCAGGGAAUUCAGGUCAAAGUAGAGGAUGGAGCUGAGACUGGUAGAACGAGCAUCAGUGUCCUGCAGCUGAGUCUACAGGCUUCAAUCAGGUCGUGGGCAGUGGGAAACCCCGAGGCAGAAGAGAUCCAGUCGUUGUUCAACCACAUUGUUCAGCUUCCAACUCAACCAGCAUUCACACAGAUCAAGUCUUUUUAUCUGAACUCUGAAUUCAACCCUCGCCUGGUGCAGGUUAACACACCGGCGGAUAGUGACAAUCGUGCGGUAGGUAACCAGGAGGUAAAUCCCGAGUUCGAAGUCGGUGAUAUCAAUGGUCUCGGCCGACACUGGCAACUGCAAGACAUCCGCACUUCGGAUGAUCUUUGCGAGGCAAUUCUCUCUCUCGGACAAUUGUAUACCUACGCUCGUCGUCUGAACAUGGAUGAACUGAUCAGAAUGAUCACAUUCAAGCUGCAAGUCGCCUGGAAUUCUUACCCAGGCCUUUGUCAACUUGAACCCCUGCUCAGUAUUAUCUCGAUGGUAUACAUGGCUGAGAAGGACCAUCUGCAAGAGUGGAUCAUUAAGUUCAUUGCCGAUGUACAUGAUCUAAUGUUGCUCGCGUGUUCAGUCAAGUACCAGACUGUAAUGCGCGAGAUCCCGAGCUUGUACAAUGCUGUCUCUGAUCUGCGGAUGGAGCUUGUCGCCAAAUCGCCGAAGAAGUACCUGGACCAACGCUGCCUACUCGAGAGCCGUGGAAUUGGUCAGCUUUGA